CCCCUCCGCAGCGCGGGACCGAGCCCGCCACGCAGGCGCCGCGCCCGCCGCCAUUGUUGCCCGGGGCUUCUCGGGCCGCUCGGCUGCGCGUCCGCCGGUCCGGCCACAGGGUCUCUUAGCCAUCCCUACAAGUUACUGGGCUCAGAGUUUGUAAGGAAGACUGCUAACUCUACCUUGCCUCUGUCCUGCCCCUGGCUGCAGCAGCCCUUGGUAAAUAUGCCUUUGUGGUUCUAGCAUGUGACUUCAAGCAUUCGGCUCACUCCUGGAGAAAUAAAGGCUAUUGCCAGGUUGACUCUCCUGUGUGUAGCCAUGUUCUCCCCGAGCAAGAGAACGACCAGUUCAUCACGUGCCCAAGUCCUUCUAAUGUGGAAGUUGGACAAGGCUCAGAGUGGACCCCGCAAUGCUGAGAAGGAAACCCUCGCCUCAAGACUCCUGCGUGACACUGAGACCUGUCGGCAGAAUUUUAGGAAUUUUCCAUACCCAGACCUGGCUGGUCCUCGAAAGGCAUUGAAUCAGCUCCGAGAGCUCUGCCUUAAGUGGCUGAGACCCGAGAUUCACUCAAAGGAACAAAUCCUGGAGCUGCUGGUCCUGGAGCAAUUCCUGAGCAUCCUGCCUGGGGAGGUUAGGACUUGGGUGAAGUCCCAGUACCCAAAGAGCAGCGAGGAAGUGGUGACUCUGGUGGAGGAUUUGACUCAGAUUCUAGAGGAAGAAGCUGCUCCUCAGAGCUCCACCCUUUCCCAAGAGACCCCAGAGGAAGACCCCAAAGGAAGACAAGCUUUCCAGGCAGGGUGGCUCAAUGACUUCGUGACCAAAGAAUCCGUGACAUUCACAGAUGUGGCCGUGGACAUCACCCGGGAGGACUGGGAGCUCAUGCGUCCUGUGCAGAAGGAAUUGUACAAGACGGUGACGCUGCAGAACUACUGGAACAUGGUUUCUCUGGGACUUACAGUGUACAGACCAACCGUGAUUCCCAUAUUGGAAGAACCAUGGAUGGUGAUAAAAGAAAUUUUAGAAGGCCCUAGUCCAGAAUGGGAAACAGAAGCCCAGGAGUGUACUCCGGUGGAAAAUGUUUCUAAACUCACAAAGGAUGGAACCAAGACCAUCAAGCUGGAAGAACCCUAUGACUAUGAUGAAAGAUUGGAGGGGCAAGCAACAGAGACCUUCAGGAGAAUUCCCACCAACGAGAGAGAUUUCGGUUUGAAGUCAGUCCUUUCAGAAGAAGAUGAUCGUGCAGAAGACUAUAAAUAUGAUAUAUAUAGAAGUAAUUUUGAAAAGCAUUCAAACCUAAUGAUACAGUUUGAUACCCAAUCAGAUGAUAAAACUUCUGUGUACGACGAAGGCAAGGCCACCUUCAGUCACGUCUCUUAUGGUAUCGUACACAGGAAAAUAUAUCCCGGAGAGAAGCCUUAUAAGUGUAAUGUGUGUGGGAAGAAGUUCAGAAAGUACCCAUCCCUCAUCAAACACCAAAGUAGCCAUGCCAAAGAGAAGUCUUAUGAAUGUGAAGAAUGUGGGAAAGAGUUUAGACACGUCUCAUCCCUCAUUGCACAUCAGAGGAUGCACACUGGAGAGAAGCCCUAUGAAUGCCACCAGUGCGGGAAAGCCUUCAGCCAACGCGCACACCUCACCAUCCACCAGCGGAUCCACACGGGAGAGAAACCCUACAAGUGCGACGACUGCGGGAAAGACUUCAGCCAGCGCGCACACCUCACCAUCCACCAGAGGACACACACGGGAGAGAAACCCUACAAGUGCUUGGAGUGUGGCAAAACCUUCAGCCACAGUUCAUCGCUGAUUAAUCACCAGAGAGUUCAUACCGGAGAAAAACCUUACAUAUGCAACGAGUGUGGGAAAACGUUCAGCCAGAGCACACACCUCCUUCAGCAUCAAAAGAUACACACAGGAAAGAAACCAUAUAAAUGCAAUGAGUGUUGGAAAGUGUUCAGUCAGAGCACUUACCUUAUCCGGCAUCAGAGGAUUCAUUCUGGAGAGAAGUGUUAUAAAUGCAACGAAUGUGGAAAAGCCUUCGCUCACUCCUCCACUCUUAUUCAGCAUCAGACCACUCACACUGGAGAGAAAUCCUAUAUAUGCAAUAUAUGUGGGAAAGCCUUCAGCCAGAGUGCAAACCUUACCCAACAUCACAGAACACAUACCGGAGAGAAACCCUAUAAGUGCAGUGUGUGUGGGAAAGCCUUCAGCCAGAGUGUACACCUUACUCAGCACCAGAGGAUUCACAAUGGAGAAAAACCCUUUAAAUGCAAUAUAUGUGGGAAAGCAUAUAGACAGGGUGCAAAUCUUACUCAGCAUCAAAGGAUCCAUACCGGCGAGAAACCCUAUAAAUGCAAUGAAUGUGGGAAAGCGUUUAUUUAUUCGUCAUCACUUAAUCAGCAUCAGAGAACUCAUACUGGAGAAAGACCCUAUAAGUGUAACGAAUGUGACAAAGAUUUUAGCCAGAGAACAUGCCUUAUUCAGCACCAGAGAAUUCACACAGGAGAGAAGCCCUAUGCAUGCCGUAUAUGUGGUAAAACCUUCACCCAGAGUACAAACCUCAUUCAGCAUCAGCGUGUUCAUACAGGUGCCAAGCAUCGUAAUUAAUGCAUAUGCGAGACUUCAUUUAGGUUUUAAAACUUAACCAUUUAAAAUUCUAUUUUGUAUUCUGUGUUAGAAACAUUAUUCAAGAGAAGUGCAAUAUGGGUUAGAUUAUCACUCAGCAGAAGUGUCAGAAUUAGUGACGUGGAUAUAACCUAUUUAAAUGUACUGUGAAAUUUAAGAAGAAAACAUUCUCUUCUUAACCUUUAUUUGAUACCAGUUUAAUUCAUUCCAGAAAGAAACCCUAGGAAAGUAAGAGUACUCAAAAACCUGUAACUCAUCAACUCUUACCAUGUUUCAAGUACUUCUUAAGGAGGCCUUACGAAUGUAACUUGGGAAAGCGUCCAUCCAGUAGAGCUUUCACACCAGAGAGUAAUCCUGGGGUAACAGAAAAAAAGCUGCUUUCAGGCCUUUAGUUCUUCUCAGCUUUGAAGCCUUAAAUAUGUAAAGGUUCCUUCCCCCUUUUUACUUCCCUUUUCCUAUUAUGCCAUAACUGCCAUGUGGAGCCAGUAGGUUUGCAAAAAAAAGAAAAAGUUGAAAGUAUCUUAACGAUUUCUGCGUGACCACAGUUUAAUUACGCUUUCCUUUAAAUACUGAAACAUUAAAGAAAGAGAAGCUUAAUGAAAGAUGAUCUGUUAGGAGAAACUAAUGUGUCUAUAAUCCUUAGACAUGUGUACAAAUUUACAGGCAAAGACUAAACCCCCAAGCUUAAUAUUUAAAAUGUAUUAGCCUUAGUUUCACUAGCUUUUGACAACUGUCAUCCAGAAGGAAAAAAAUAAGAAUACAAUUCUUUUUUUUUUUCUACCUGACUCCAAGAUUCCUACCUUAAAGUUCCCCUGUGACUUACUGUAGAAAGUCUGUUUCUUCCUUUGAAACACGUUUCUUGAGUGCCUGCUGUGCUGAGGGCCCAAACUUCCUAACUGGAUUCUUCCAGGGCUUAAAUGCAGAAAACCACAGCUGAUUUAAGCAAUAGAAAGCUUUCUAAAGUAAUGAAAGAUAAAGUCAAGGGCAUGAUGUUAACCAGUACAUCAUGGAAUGAACCUAAGAAACCUGCUAAAAUGGGUUGCCAGAUGCAGCCCCAUUAUCUUAAGGAAGUAAUGAAAGCAGCUAUUUAAAUCGUAUGAGGAAAAAAUAAGUAGUGGAAAAUAGGUUUGAGUUCAGUGCAGAAAGUGGGUUGGGGGAAAAAAUUGACGUAAGGGUGAGGAAAGAGAACACAGAGGCAACUGUUAUAACUGAAGUGUUGCUGGACUUGGUUUACCUAAGAAAAUGAGUGACUACUUGAAUAAAGCAAAAUUCAGCCUGUUUAUAAGAAGAAACUGAAACUGAAAUGACUGAUUUCAAAAGGAUAAUUGAAAUUGGUACUCCUUGUAUGUGUAAGUAAAAUAGGGAUUACUCUUAAAAUAACAGGGAAAAGAAGUUUCAUUGGAAAAAGCAUUGAUGCAGAAACUAUCAUUGAUACCGUAAUCAUUCAACGGUAAUAACUGAGUUGGUGGGGUCCCAAACAGCAUAAAAGGAAAACUGGUAGAAACGCAAAUAGAAACGGGUGAAAAUACUAUUGUAUUUACUAUCCACAGCAUUGCACUCAGAAUUUAAGACCAUGUCCUGAGAGCUGACCUUUCCUCUUGCUCUUGUUUCUUUCUUCAGUGCCUUGCAUAUGGUAGGUGCUCAAGUUAUGUUGGUUGAAUUAAUGAAUAAAUAAGUAGUCAAGUUAGACUUGAGUAAUAAGGUAGAAGUAACUGAUACGGAGUGAAAUUGGCAAAAUUUUAAAUACUUUUUUGUGCAUUCAUGCAAAGAAAUAUUUAACAAAUAUUGGUCAUUUGUUUGUGACAGGAACUACUUAAAAAUGAAGACUGAGACUCCCCAAAUCUUAACAAUGGGGAUAUUCCUGAAAAAUCAUGGGACGUCUUUGCACAGGAAGUUUUCCUGAGCUAGGUGAGGAAAACCUGAUAUAAAUUCUGGUGUCAUAAAUACCAAUUUAAGCAUGAGUUGACCAUGCAGCUUCAUUUGGACGUUGGAAAAACCUGGUUGGCCGGAGGCG